GGCAGGCACGCAGGCAGAGAGACUGGGACUUGAGAGACCGGCAGAGCGAGAGGCACUGUACUACUGUUGGUAACUAAUCCGCGCAUCUGGCCCAAGUGGCAGUGAGCGAGGCAGGUAAAGAAGAGCAUCAUCACCACCGCGCUAGCGCUGCGGACACUAGCUAGGGACUCGGAAAGCAAGGGCCCCUGGCGCGCAGCAUGCACGGCUGCUGCACUGCACUGCACUCCUGCGGCAUGAGUGACUCUCAGUGACUGUGGGGUGCUAGUACUCAUUGCCUGCCUGCCGGGGCGGGCCUCGGCUCAUCAGUAACAGCUGAACGCUAGCCGCUGCUUUGGGCGCUCGCUUUUCCUCGACCGCUUUUCUCUGAACAGUUUGGGUACGUGUGCCCCCGCAUUCUCUUCGGCCGGCUAUGUAUAGAUGAGCGACCCCCUGCUACCCAAUUCCAACACUCAGGCAACCCAGCUUUGGCUGCCCUUGCUUGCUGCUCAGUUCUUUGCCCCCUGUUCCUCCUCCUCCUCUUUUCGCACCUCGGCGCCUGCUUCGGCAUCAACUGCGACCGAGAUGGAGGCGCAAGACGACUGCAAGUGGCGCCAAGUCCCGGCGUUCGGCGACUGGAACCUGUGGGACGACAUGCCCGUCACCCAGUACUUUCAGGCAGGGACCUUCUUCUUCGCCGCGCCGACGACAGAGAAGGACGACGACGAGGAUCUCUUCAAGGUGCCCCAGUUCCCUGCCACGCCCUACAGCUACAAGAAGUGCGUUGUUCGAGUGAAGGGGGAGAAAGGAACUGCUGUGCCUCCGGCGGCGAGGAAGGGAGGAAGGAGGCGCCGCGUGAACGAGCAACAGAAGUGGAAGCCCAAGGGAGCUGUGGACGAGGACCUCUACAAGAUAUCCCCGCAGCUUCUCUGCAAGAAGAAGCUCCUGAGGAAUCUGCUGGGAGGGUGCCUGGGCCUGAGCUGCAUCGCAUGACCGAGAGACGCAUCGCUUAAUAAGUUUCUGGGGAGUUUGUUGUUCGGUGGGUGCUCUGGAGAGUUGUAUAGUGUCUACGCUAAUAUGGAAUCAAUGGAAACUUACUGCUGCUUUUGCACUCUUUUGAAUGUAAACACUAGCUCGCAUUCCAUCUC